CAAGUUUGGGUCAUCGUCAUCCUCAUAGCUCUUUAUUCUAUCUAUGGCGGGAUUCGGGUUUGUCGACUCAUCACGCAUCCAACAAAUAUAUAUCUAUCUGUCUCACUCCACCCUGUCCUGAACCCUCAAGUUCAUUCCUUUUCUCGUCAAAGUAACAAGAAGAAGAAGAAAAAGAAGAUCACUUCCUUUUAAACCCUUCUCUACUUAGGGUUUCUUUCAUUACCCAUCACUCAUCACUCUUGUUCAUACUACAAUGGAGUCCUCGGCAGUAGUAACUGCCGCUACAGGACGAGCUGUUUCACUUGGGAUCCCUCCUCAACCUUUACGGAGAGAGUGGCGUGCUGUCUCCGACCAUCCUAUUAGAACCACUGGAAACGAGGGUCAGCAGCAGCAGGGUAGGGACGGGGUUCCUGUGGAAUUUUGUGCAGUACCCAUAGACAGAAAUCUGGGUGAGGAUAUCAUGCAGCAGCGGCUUCAUGAUUUUGUGAGACGGAGGGAGGAAUUGCAACGUGAUGAGGUUGAGCUUCGUGCUCAAAUUUAUGCUAGGAAGGAGAUUGUGGUAUUGCAGAAAGAAUAUGAUGCUAAGAUGAAGGAGCAAAUUAAUGGAAAUACUAAGCUUCAGGAGAAACUACUUGAAAUGGAGCGAACUAUACAUGAAUUGGAACGCCAACUUGAACAAAAGGAAAGAGAGAUACAAGCAAUCCAAUUAGACCAUGAAGCAGUUCAGAUUUCUGCAUGGGCAAAAGAAGAUCUCCUUAGAGAACAGAGCAAAGAAUUGCUAACAUUUAGGAGGGAGCGGGAUAAUUCUGAAGCUGAAAGAACCCAACAUCUUAAGCAGAUAAUUGACUUACAGGAACAUUUCCAAGAGAAAGAAAGGCUAUAUCUUGAGUUGCAGGAACAGCAUAGGAUUGCUCAGGAAAACAUCCUUUUUAAAGAUGAGCAAUUAGUUGAAGCUCAGGCGUGGAUUGCACGUUUCCAGGAGAUGCAAUCAACUUCUAGUCACUCCUUGCAAAAUGAGUUGCGUGAGCGUACAGAACAGUACAACCAAUUAUGGAUUAGCUGUCAGCAGCAGUUUUCUGAGAUGGAGAGGAUCUAUAUGCAUACUAUACACCAGCUUCAGCUUGAACUUGCUAGUGUAAAAGAAAGGAGUGGCUCUUUCCCUGAUGAGUCACAUUUGUCUCAAAUAAAGUCAAAAGACAAUCCACAACUUGGUCAGAAUAAUGGAACCCAAAUAGACGUGAAUGGAAGUGGUACAACAGGUGCAAGUUAUGGGCCUCUUUCAAAUGGAAAUUCUGAAAAUGUUGUUAUCAAUUCUUCCAACCAGACUGAACAUGUUCAUGGUGUUCCAUUAGCACCACCAUCCCUAAUUAGUAUGCCCACCUACCUUCAACCUGGACAAGUGCCAGCUCUGCAUCCAUUUGUCAUGCAUCAUCAAGGGGUUCACCAUUCAGUACCAUCUCAUGUUGCUCAGUCUCAUGGUGGCCAUAUACACUCUAUACCAACGAUGUCACCCAUUCAGCAGUGGCAAAACCAUCAGAUUGUAUCAGAUGCCUCGCUACUGUCUAAUCAACAUGAAUACCCAUCAUCUCAAACUGAGCAAAACUUGAUUAGAUCAGACAUCAAUUAUGACUACGAUGUAUCUGGAAAUGAGCAAGUUGUUCAUGCAGAGUUUUUGAGUGGUCAAAAAAUUCAGGGCAUGGAACCAAAUUCAUCUGUGCAUUCAUCAGCUGAGAUUGAUUCUGCAGAUAGAAGUUACUUGCCCGACUCUCGAUCCCUCCAAAGCUUGCAGCAUAUUUCUUCUCAGUUUAACGGUCUAAGGCUGGAACCUGAUGCAGGGAAUGAUGCACAGGAGAUAGGUACUAAUAAUUUGUCUAAAAGCGAACUCGAGAACAAAGAUUUUAUGCCAGGACAAUCAAAUCCUAUCAAAGUUGUUAUGACAGUGAACAAUGCUGCUGCCCCUGGUGCAGAUGCAUUUGUUUCAUCUGAACAAAACAAUUCAUAUGGAGGUGGAAUUAUUACCAUAGACCUUCUCGAUGAAAGAUCUCUGCUUGCAUGCAUCGUUCGCACAAUUCCAUCACCCGGAUCUGGCGGUAGAAUCAAAAUUAGCUCCACGCUUCCAAAUAGACUGGGGAAGAUGCUUGCUCCUUUGCAUUGGCAUGACUACAAAAAGAAAUAUGGAAAACUCGAAGAGUUUUUAGCAAGUCAUAAUGAAUUGUUUGUUAUUGAAGGGGACUAUAUUCAAGUUCGAGAAGGUGCACAAGAAAUGAUAGCCGCAACAGCAGCUGUUGCGAAAGUUGCUGCUGCAGCCAAGACAGUUGUGUUUGCCAAUCCUUCUGUUGCUGUAACUCCUAUGGCACAUUCGUCUCAACAACGGCUAAAGAGAACUCCUUCCACUGAUCCCAAUCCGACAGACUUUACUUCUUCAAAUCUUGGCAAUGGUGGAAAUAUCUCAGGCAUAAAAAUUCUGAGCAAAGCUAAAGAUCCUUCUCCUCAAGUACUGAAUGGUAACGAAAGUAGACUUGGUCAGUCAUCUGGGCUUUCAACACUGGCUAAUGGAGUGAAUCAUCCCAAUAACUCAAGAUCUGGGGCGAACUAUGUCGGGAAACAGCAGACCAGGACAAGUGCAGUCUCAAUGGGUUCAAGAAGAUACUCAUAAUAAUCAUAUGAUGAUUUGAGGAAAUUUUGGGGGUUUGCUUCAUCCAGAUAAGUGUUAUUACAAGUUGAUUUAUAUUAUUAAUGUAUUGAGAGAAGUGUUAAAAAGGUUAAAAACUGUUGUGACUUGUGGGUUUUAAAUUAUCCAGAAAAUGUUUAUGAAAAAAAAAUUCCAUUAUUAUUAUUAUUAUUGUUAGUUUUGUUAGAAACAUAUUUU